AUGGCCAACAACUUGGUGGUGCUGAACGACUCUGUCGUGCAUGACCUCCUCAUCAGCCUUCCAAAGGACGACAUCAUCAAGUUCCAGCACGCCCUCGAAGAUUCACUCCUCGAAUUUACAGUCGGUGAGGAAAGCAAGUAUCAACCCACACCAGAUUUCGUCAACCGACCAACCGGACAAAAAACGCUUUUCCGCACCUUCAGCUCCCCGGACGCCGUGGGCACAAAAAUCGUCGUCACCCCGGCCCCCGUCAAGGACGCCUCCGGGAAGACGGUCAACCCCCCGCUAAACGGUGUGCUGGCCCUCUGCGAUGCGAGCGGCCGGCCCACGGGCCUGCUCAAUGCCGCGGAGGUUACCGGAUACCGGACUACACUGUCCGCCUUGAUCCCGUGGAUGUGGAGACGUUGUACGGAGGAAGUUGUUAUUUUUGGUGCUGGGAAGCAAGGGCUUUGGCAUACUCGUCUCGCACUGGCUCUUAGAGGUGAUGAGAUCAAGAAUAUCACCAUUGUUAAUCGAUCUGCGGCUCGAGCCCAGGCACUGGUCGAGCAAGUUACAGAGGAGAACUGGAAGUCCUCAGCCACUCUCAAUGUCCUUGAUCCUUCCCAGUCAGACUAUGACCAACGGUUGGAGGCUCUUCUGUCAACAGCUGACACCGUUUUCUGCACGGUUGGAUCCACGACGCCCCUGUUUUCACUCAAGUCCAUCCUAGGAAAAGGAUCCCGAAGCAGGCUUCCGUUUGUUGGGGCCAUCGGCUCAUGGCAACCUGACAUGAUCGAGCUGGAUCCAGAGAUGCUCCGGCACGCUGCUUCGAGGGACGACUCUUACAGACCACACGGAGCAGGCGGCAGCAUUCUCGUCGACGAUUUGGAGGAGUGUCUCGUCAAGUCGGGAGAGGUUAUACAGAGCGGACUCAAGGCUGAGCAGAUCGUACAGGUGGGAGAGAUUCUAAGCUGGAAACGGGGGAACAAGUCCACCGAGUCUCUCGAGUCUUGGCUUGGCGAGGGCUUCGUCGUGUACAAAGGUAUAGGGGUCAGCGUGACGGACCUCGCCGCCGGCAACGCCAUCCUUGAGCUCGCCAAGACUCGCAACGUCGGCGUCUCCAUCCCAAACAUCUAG